GCUAUAAAGGCAGCGGAACGCGACCAUGACACGGUGGUGGCACAGGUCAUGCAAACUCGCAAAGAUUACCAAGACAUGGUGAGCAACCUGUUCAAGCGGAUUGAUGAAAGAGGCCUCGGGCAUCUCACCAUCACCGAGUUCGAAAAGCACUUUGAUGAUGAGUCAGUGCAAGCACUGUUCGAGUAUCUGCAAAUCGGCGCCAUGGAUGCUUGGACACUGUUCAUGAGCUUGGACAAGGACGGUGAUCACACAAUCAGUGUGGACGAGUUUACGGAGCGCUGUGACAUGGCUCAAUUCAGCUCUCGAAUACUGCUUGUGAUACGGUGUGUUUGUAAUUCUCCUAUUUGUUAG